UGACUGUUAGUCUCGGCGCCGCCGCCGGGCUUCUUGGGGUGCAGGGCUCGCUCCCUGGCCACUCCAGAUUCCGCCGCCUCCCCAGCCCUGCUUGGGGCGGAACCGAAGAAAGGUCAGGUCCAGCCCCGCCCCGUCCCUUCUCGCCCCCGGGAGGUCGCUGUGAGUGGCUUACUUUUAGAAUUGACUUCAGCCACGUGCAGCUUCCAUGGCUGCCUCGCAGACCCCGGGGGAGAAGAUUAAUAUCCAGGCGGUAGACACGGCAAAGGUCGGGGACAGGGACCUGCUGGGGAACGACUAUCCCGAGCAGGACAGACCCCCUCUGCGCUCUUGGAGACAGAAAUGUGCCUCCUACGUGCUGGCCCUGAGACCCUGGAGCUUCAGUGCCUCACUCACUCCCGUGGCACUGGGCAGUGCCCUGGCGUACAGAUCCCAGGGCGUUCUGGAUCCCAGACUAUUGGUGGGUUGUGCAGUGGCUGUCCUGGCUGUGCAUGGGGCCGGCAAUUUGGUCAACACUUAUUAUGACUUUUCCAAGGGAAUUGACCACAAAAAGAGUGAUGACAGAACCCUGGUGGAUAGAAUCUUGGAGCCCCAGGAUGUUGUCCGGUUUGGAGUCUUUCUCUACACCUUGGGCUGUGUCUGUGCUGCUUGCCUCUAUUACCUGUCCCCUCUGAGACUGGAGCACUUGGCUCUCAUCUACUUUGGAGGUCUUUCUGGCUCCUUUCUCUACACUGGAGGAAUUGGAUUCAAGUAUGUGGCUCUGGGAGACCUCGUCAUUCUCAUCACGUUUGGUCCACUAGCUGUGAUGUUCGCCUAUGCUGUCCAGGUGGGCUCCCUGGCCAUCUUCCCGCUGGUCUAUGCCAUCCCCCUCGCCCUCAGCACUGAAGCCAUUCUCCAUUCCAACAACACCAGGGACAUGGAUUCCGACCGGGAGGCUGGCAUCGUCACGCUGGCUAUCCUCAUCGGCCCCACCCUCUCCUACGUCCUCUACAACACACUCCUCUUCCUGCCAUACCUGCUCUUCAGCAUCCUGGCCACACACUGCAGCAUCAGCCUGGCACUGCCCCUACUCACCAUUCCCAUGGCCUUUUCCCUCGAGAAGCAGUUCCGAAGCCAGGCUUUCAACAAACUGCCCCAGAGGACCGCCAAGCUCAACCUCCUGCUGGGACUUUUCUAUGUCUUUGGUAUCAUUCUGGCACCAGCAGGCAGUCUGCCCAAACUUUAACGGGACCAGUAGCAGCCCCAAAACAUGUCUCCCUGUCUUAGAAUGUAUUGAAGUCACGAGUAUCUGAGAAGGGAAUAUGAUUUGGCUGUGAGGGUAGUUAGCACAAUUGUGAAAUCCCUCCUUUUUUGUAAUUAUUAUUCUAUUUCUAAAGGUAAUCACUUUUUUUUGUUUUCAUUUUCCAUUUUAGAGGGAAUCUUGAAAACACCCUGUAUCAGAAGGUGAAUGGGAUACAUGGACCUUGCUUUAUUUAUAAUUUCCACUAGAGGGUGUUGUCAGGUCACUUUAAAAUGGAAUGGCCUGAGUUCCUCCUUGUUCGUAAAAAAUGUUCUAAGACAUUGUAAAGGAGCAUCCUGGGUUGGCCUUCUAUCCUGAAAGAGCCAUGGUAACCGGGCGAAGUGUCAUCCGUUACAUUGGCCUUGCUAAUGAUUGGUGCCAGGCCCCAUUAGCGUGGGGAGCACCUGUCUCUUACUCUCAGCACUGGUGUCCUGAAAAUGCUGCUUGAGAGAGAAAGGCCCUCAUUAACAACCUUGUGUGACUCUAGGCUUUUUGCCUAAAUUGUCAUUUGGACACUUUUGUCCUUCAUCUCUCCUUUCACUUAUUGUCACAGUCAAGGAACAGCAUCAGAUCAUUCAGGGGAAAAGACCCACCCUGGAGGCAUCUGAGAAAACUGCUCUGCUUUUGAAUAGAAAUUAGUAGGGUAGCUGUUUCCCUUUGUAGAAUUCACUAGAAUGACAGGAAGGACUCUCAGCCCUUUCAGUAACUAUAAGGAGCCCAGAAAUUGUAGUAGCCAUCUUUACAGGCUACUUAAACCCCACAGACCUCCAGGUCACCUUUCUUAAUGCCUCCCUAUACCCACCCUCCAUACCUGUCUGGUUCCCCUUUGUGUGUUUCCCGUCCACAGCCAGAUUCUUUGGGCAACCGGGUCAUGGACAGUUGCCACCUUCCACAGAGCCACAGGGUGGGCAGAGCAGAGACCCAGUGGAUGCACAAGUCAGCCUGAGUCCUGUUCGGCCAGAAUGACAGGCCCUGCCAAUGAAGGAACUGCAUCUUCAUCUUUGAAGGAAAAUGACAUUGAUGUGCAAUAUUGACCCUGCCUUCCAGGGCUUCCCUUGCCUUCUACAAAGAUCGUUGAGGCUUCAGUGAAGUCAUACCCAAAGUGAGAGUAUUGCAGUGUGAAUCGUAGCUGCUUUCAAUCACAUUGCCUAAGUGGAAUUUCUGGGCUAGAAUUCCUCAGCUGCAUUUCGUCCAAAACUAAAAUAGAGACUAUUGUGCUUUCUCUUGUGAUCAUAACCAUGGUAGUUAUGUCAAGGGGCUUGGCUUACAGAAAAUGACAUAAGAACUAGUUCUUAAUCCCUCAGAUCAGGCUAUUUAUGAUAUGGCUCUUAGAGUCAGAGUGGGUCAGCUUACUUAGAAAGAACAUAUUAAGUUCUUUUACAAUUAAAGUUCUGUUACAAUUAAAGGUCGUGGGACCAGCAGAUGGCAUAACGGUUACAUUGCUGGACUCCCAUGUAAUUUACCACGGUUCAAGUCCUGGACCUGGUGACUUAAAACUCACA